CAUCUCGUGUGGUAGCGGACGAGCGUGGACGCCUCAACAUGUCGCAAGCGCCGGUAUACUUCGAUUGGUUAGAUUAUUUAGUGUUCGGUGCUAUGUUGCUACUUUCAGCGUUGAUCGGGGUGUAUUUUGCAUUCUUUGCCACGAAGAAACAGAAUACUACAGCGGAAUAUCUGAUGGGAGGAAAGACGAUGGGAAUGUUCCCCAUAUCGAUGUCCUUGAUAGCCAGUUACGUUUCCGGAAUUUCGUUACUGGGUCUACCGGCUGAAAUGUACACAUACGGAACCCAACUUUGGACCAUUGUACUAUCGGAGUGGGUCGUUUCCCUGACCAUAGCCAUAGUUUAUCUGCCUGUGUUUUACAAUUUACAAAUAACUUCUACUUAUGAGUAUUUGCGAUUGAGAUUCAACCAGAAUGUUCGUCUCCUAGGAUCCGUUAUAUUUAUUAUAAAAAUGUUAUUGUAUAUACCCAUCGUAAUCUACGUACCAGCUUUAGCAUUCAGUCAAGUUACUGGGGUCAACCUCCACAUGAUAACGCCAAUUGUAUGCAUUGUCUGUAUUUUCUACACAACACUUGGUGGUUUAAAAGCUGUGGUAUGGACAGAUGCCUUACAAACUAUACUUAUGUAUUUUGGAGUAAUAUUCGUACUAGUCUACGGUACUUGCCGUCUCGGUGGAAUUGGAGAAGUGUUAAGAAUCAACAAAGAAGGUGACAGGCUUGACUUCUUUAUCAUGGAUAUGGAUCCAACAAUUCGCCAUACGUUUUGGAAUACCGUAUUUGGAAAUUACUUCAGCUGGCUGGCUUCGUGCUCCGUUAAUCAAGCCAUGAUUCAGAGAUGCCUGGCAUUGUCAUCUCUCAAGCGGGCUAGGAUAACAAUUUUCAUAAUGGCUGCCGGCAUUUUUAUUAUCGUGUCACUUUGUUGUUACACCGGCUUAGUAAUAUACGCGACGUUUGCGAACUGCGAUCCUCUCACUACAAAAGCUAUUAGAAAAAGUGACCAGCUCCUGCCUUACUUCGUGAUGACCAUUACGGGAUCCAUACCUGCAUUGCCAGGUAUAUUCAUGAGCGGAGUCUUUAGCGCUGCUUUGAGUUCGAUGUCCACUGGCUUGAAUUCCUUGUGUGGAGUAAUAUUUGAGGACCUAAUAAGACCAGCAUACAAUAAGCCCAUUUCAGAGAAGACUGCAAGUUUUAUCAUGAAAAUCAUUGUCGUAAUUAUUGGUGCUAUAUGUGUGGCCCUUGUUUUCCUCGUGGAGCACAUGGGAGCCCUCAUCCAAGCGGGUAAAAGCUUAGCUGGCAUCACUGCCGGCAGUCUGCUGGGACUUUUUACUAUGGGGCUUUUUAUGCCAUGGAUUAAUGCCACGGGUGCACUAGUUGGUGGGGUCACUUCCACACUCCUCGUGGGCUGGAUUUCUUUGGGUACGCAGGCAGCCAUGUUGAGAGGAGAAAUAGUAGUGGUGCCAAAACCGGUCAGCGUGUCGGGAUGCGCCGAUAACUUCACUCUACCCACAACACCGACGCCUGACGUCAUUGUAGAGUUUGACAGAUCAGGGACGUUUUUCCUGUACAGAGUGAGUUACCUUUACUACACAUUUAUCGGUAUGAUGGUAUGCAUAAUAACUGGAUCCAUUAUAACGUAUUUCACGCAGCCGAAUGAGCCUUCUAUGGUACACCGGGACCUAUUAACGCCAGUGAUUCAUCGCUGGCUGCCCCCUCAGGACGUACACUGCCGUCGGCCAAGACUUACUCAGCAUGACAUCGAGCUCCAUGCAAGGGAGAUGGAACUCUUACGGGCUCGCACUGCACUUCUAGCAAGCAAAGAUGAAGCUGACCGAGAAAACGACUACAUAACGCAAAGAAACAACAAUUUUAGUUUGUAAUUGAUUUGCUAUGGUUUUUAUUUGAUCAAUUAUUUAAUAAAAAGGUAUAUUUAA